CGCUAACAGAUCUAUAGCAAAGCAGCACCACAGCAACAACAAAACCACCAUAACAAGAACUCAACAGAUUAACUCGCCAGGUAAAUGUUGCUAAAAAUAUUAGUCACCAACAUGUGAGAAAGAAAAAUUCUAACAUUCCCACAGGCGUUUGAAAUUCAGAUCGUAUGCUCUGCUAACCUGGUGAUUUAGUAUUAUCAACUGAGUUGAUAACGUAAUCAUUCGCUCUGACGAAGGGCUAACGCUCGAAACGUCAGCUUUUAAACUCUAGAAGGUGGCCAAUUUACAUUAUCAACCCAGUUAAUAAUACUAUAUUUCCCUGUUAUAUUCUACCACCGACGCAGCACCACAGUUUAAACGGCUUACUUCCUUUGUUCACUUAUCAUGGUUGACCUUGGUUUUACACUUAAUUCCCACUGACGCAGCACCACAGUUUCUCUAGAAACUCACUUCCUUUGUUUAUUUAUCAUGGUUUACCAUAGUUUUACGCUUCAAACGUUAAUUCUACUCCCUGCUAGGAUCAGUAAUGUCCAUUGUGGUUUUAUUUCGCAUGGAAACUCGUUUGCAACUUGUUUACUAUCAGUUAGGUAAGUGGGACAAGCGCUUGUAUUCGUUCGUAUCGGCGGUCAAAAUAUGUGAACUACACGAAGUCUUUACUGAUUUAUCUGGUCAUUUUAAAGUGAAAAACGGUAAAAUUUCCGCACAGUUCCAUACAACAUUAUGCAUUCAGUUCUUAGAUAGAGAAAAUAAUGACAAAGACAAUACAUUGCCAUUGGGAAAACAGAUUUGUUUUACGGAAAUUUUACCUGAAGAACAUACGUAUUAAGGAGUUUGGAAGGAAAAAACUAAUGUGGUGUUAAUCUGAAAGCAAUUAAAAUUGGUCAACAUCAUAAGAGUUGUAUGGACUGCGAAUGAGGAAACUGUUGUGUUGGGCUGAAUUUUAAUUCCAGUUAAUACCUCAUGAUGAAUCAUCCGUGACGCAUAUAGAGACUUCGUCAGUAUAAACUUCAGCUUUUCACCGGCUUUUAUCACUGUUCUGAAGAACGUUUCUGUCAUUGGUUUAAUUUUUUUCACGCUUCGCGUUUUACAAUUUCUUUUUAAUUGAAAGGUUCGAACUUGAGAGAUAGCAAGUUCCUAAACAAGGGGUGAAGGAAAUAAAGAUCUCUCACGGUGAUGCAGUUACUAAAAAGAAUAUUUCCCCAGCAGGGACUCGAACCGUAAACCUUGCAGUUUGUCCGGAUGCGUUCGGCUUCGUUCGGUUGCAUUUGUAUGGCCUACCAACUGUGCUGGUUUGUUUGUUAGUCCAUGUGAUGGGAACGUGGUAGAACGCAUACAAAGUGCUGCUAAGACUUCACUUUUGCGUGGUUAGAAUCCUAGUGUUGUCAUCUGCAUAGUUAUUUUCCCUAAAUCUUCCGCUAGCUAUCACAAUAUAAAUUCAUUACCACGCCAUUUUGUAUGGUUAUUAAAGGAUCACAACGUUUGGGAUUCAUAGUGACCUUUCAGAGUAAGACAUUACGAAAGACCAGUUGGUGUUUACUCUUCAUUUACUUCAUUCAUGAUUAACAAUAAAGGUGCCACCAAGAACAAGAUUUUACACGAUAUUACAACACCUUCCAGUAAAUCAAAAAGAGUGCCAAGUGAUAUUAAAGAGAACCUUUAGCGAUAUAAUUUAACAUAAAAAAAGAUGGUUGGAACAUUUCUUACGGUUUCGUGUAAGUUCAUUCUGUAACACUUAACGCACUUAUGCAAAUUUUGGAGCUCUUAAAAAAGGUUUUUAAGGACAUGUUGAAACAUGAGCUGAGACAAGGUCAUGAAGUUAACCUCAGGAGAGUUAAUUGAAUUUUAAUCAAAACGUUUUUCGCGAACCUAAUUAGCCGGCAUCUUGUGGUUAAAUGGAAUAACAUUUGUGGCAGCUGACCGCUCAACCUUGUAAUCUAGUUUGGUUGUGGUAAGUAGGUUUUUCGCUGCAUGCGCAAGUAUGAACGGUUUAGACUGAUUCAAACAUGAUGUUUGAGGAUACUUUGCAUGAAAGCUGCCUUUUUCUUUUUUUUUGGUUUGACAUGCCAUCCACAUUUGAACAAUGCUUUCGAUCAUGACAGAAGCAUCCAUGCGUAAAGUAGUAGUCUCCAACUGAAUGUCGGAGGAUUUUGAUGGAAUCACAUGGCAGAGGGAACGAGGGGGGGAAUCAGUCAGUCGUUGAGUAUAAAUGGGAGAGUAUAGAAAAUUGACUACCAAUAAGGGGAAGGAGGUCAUUGGAAUAAUAAAGAGCCUUAGGGGAAUUAAGAACACCAACCCUCUCCCCCCACAGGCGAUAAAAUAUGACAGACACCUUUUUCGUUUAAAAAUUAAAAACGUCGUUUUCCAAUCUAUAAGAAUGGCGCAUGUGUCUGAGAGGGGGAGGGGAGGGAAGGGGAGGUUUUUUUAUUUUUGGCUCGUAAUCGACUUCGGUCAGCUGUUUGCGCCUGCAAGUUUCAAGAAAUCUUAUGUCAGUCAGUUCAAUGCCCUAGAUCCCUUUCUCUAGCAAACUCUUAUUUAGAUGAUUUAUUCUGUUUUCCAUUCCAAACUUGCAGUUUGUCUUGGUUCCGUCAGUGACGUAUCCCUUUUGUGUACUGAAGAUUUAAAGUUUGAAAGCACUGUUCACGUCGUGAAUUGACUCGGGCAAAAGAGGAGGAGAAAUAAUUGCUAUCACCAAACUAUUCCCGUCUCAUCCCGGUGUAUUUAAGACUUUUAAAGGAAACGCAUUUCUUCAAUAAUAGGAAUUGGUUUUUAAUUAUCUUUUGUUUUUCUAAAGGUGCAAGGUUCAAAACCACUGUCUGGUUUUGAUCGAGAACGAAGAAGUGAAGAAAUGAUACAUGUUACGAGACUUUUCCUCUUCCUAAUCCUUGGCCUCCAACUAGAUGAAGCAUUAACUGAAGGUUAGUCCUUUGCGCAUCGAUAAUUGACAAAAAAUGAAUACGAUUCAUCACUUCUAGGCAAGGAAGAUUAAGGGCCUGCGUUCUUGCCGCAGGAUUUGAAAUAACUAAGAGAACAUCAUUUCUAGAAAUGAUGAGAUGAUCCUUGCAGUGGUGGAGAAAAAAAAGAAAUAGUUAAGAACUUUGAAGAAAUUUGAACCAAUGACCUCACACUUGUUGUGCGAUGACAUAAAAGUGCAACUGAGCACUGUCAGUCUGACACCGACCACUGAUUGCAUAUGCUUUAACCUUUAUUACCUGAGGAAAUUUGUCGUUUGCCUCGUACGUAUAGGGUAUACCACUAAACUAUAGCUUAAAUUGCAGCUCUAGGAGUAUUGAUUGUUGUGAGAUAUCACGUUGCGAGAUAUCGCGUUGUGAGAUAUCACGUUGCGAGAUAUCACGUGAGAUAUCACGUUGUGGGAUAUCACGUUGUGAGAUAUCACGUUGUGAGAUAUCACGUAGACCAACACAGUACAAAGACAAAAAGUUCCAAAAGUUGAUAGAUUGUAUACCUUCAAUGUAAAGUUCUUCAAUGACCUUUCGGUGGUGGAAGUUUCAGAUAAAAUGAUUAAAUAUUGAGUAUAUAAUGGCAUCUUGUUCCGUAUGGUACUCUUGGACAUUAAGAGGUUAAGGUGGGACUUAACCUAAAAUUUGACUACAAAAUGCAAUUUUUGUUUUUGGAGAAAUCUGAAACUUCAGGCAUAGAAGAAAGCCAUGACAUGAGUUUUUAAGACUAAUUUGCUUUAUUUUGUUGCCUACGAUAAGUUUUCUGCAAGCUAGUAAAAAAAAUAUUUUUGGUUACCAUGGCAACGCAACGUAGCAUCUUUCAGUCUUGCUCCAAUUUGAAGCCCGAAAGUCCAUCCAAUUCCUAGAAUUUCCUCAGUAUUUUCAAGAGGAAGCUAUAUGACCCCUUACAUGAAGUAUAGCUAGUCGGAGGUGGCGUGGGAUUGAAAGCUGGCGUGUUUUCAACUGUGGAGAUACUGUGAGAGCGAGAUUCGAGUUUUAUAUCAGCGAAGUUUUUGUCUAAAAUGCCAGGAGGGAAGAAGAAUACUGUAUAUAGAAGAAAGCGGAAAGGAAAGCCUUUUACUGGAGUGCAGAGAUACGCAAGGAAAGCGAAGAAAAUGCCGCGUGCGGAUAGAGAAGUCACAAACUCAGCAUCGAGUUCCUCGUGUGAUGAGGCUCUGUCAGAUGCCGAAAGUGCUUCCAUCAGUGCUUCGAGACUCAAAAUGAGACCAGAAGAUUCACCAGAUAGUUCAUCAAAGAUUUCUGAUGUAAAUGAUUUUCAGGGAGAGGGAUACAGACUUGUAGACCUCAAGAAAUUAUAUGCCACGUUGUCUGAAGCACAUGUGUGCGAGGAAGGUGAGAAAACAUAAGUGAACAUCUGUUUUACUUUUAACCUUUUCUUUACUGUUCAUGUCUCGUAGCAUAUGCUAGUAACAGUGUGCAGUUUCCAUUUUUUUCUCUAAGAAUGUUUUUUUUUUUUUCUCUUCAGUACUAUCUUUAUUGUUUUCAUUUAUUAAAAAUUACAGUUGUAACUGUCUGUUGUGUGGUAUGUGGUGAAUAAAUUUUGUGACUCAUAUACAUGUAUGAGAAUGCACAAAAUAACUUUAGUGUAUACUGUUAUUAUGUUCUAGGGAGUUUAACUCUGAAGGAGAAUUCUUCUGGGAGAAAUGGGCUAAUGGCAGACCUCUCUGUGGAGUGUAGCUCCUGCCUUGAAGCUACACCAUUGAAAACAUCAGAUACAAUAACAAAGAAAGGGCAAUCUUUUGACGUAAAUCGUCGUGCAGUCUAUCAUUCUCUGGAGACAGGAGGUGGCUAUGAAGGGCUAGUAACCUUUUGCAGCAUCAUGAACAUGCCAUGUCUAUCACUACCUGCUUAUUACAGACAAGUAGACACAAUACUUGAGGCUUUAGAAGCUGAAGCCAAAGAUGAAAUGACACAGGCAGGGAUAAGAGUUCAUGAGUACAUCCUGAAGGAAAGUGGAGAUGAAGUCAAUGAUGAUGUAGUCGAUGCAGCCGUUUCGUUUGAUGGUACAUGGGCGAAAAAAGGGGUUUACCUCUCUGACUGGAGUUGUUUUUUUGUUAUAUCUGUAGACACUGGAGAGGUUCUUGACUAUCAUGUCCUUUCAAAAGAAUGCCGGAAAUGUACCAUGAAAAGGUCUCAGUGUCAAACUGACGAGGAGUUCAAGCAUGGCAGAUUGAGCAUCUUGCUUCCAAUGAGUGUGACAUUAAUUUUAAUGGAAGCUCACCUGCAAUGGAAGCUGAGGGUGCCAUAGUUGUUUGGAGUAGAUCUGUGGAACUGCAUAAAAUAAGGUAUAAAUGGAUGGUUUCUGACGGAGACAGUAAGGCAUUCAAUACUGUGGAGAAUAUAUAUGGCGAUGACUGCAAGGUGGAAAAACUGGAUUGUGUUGGGCACGUGCAAAAACGCAUGGGCAAGCACCUACUUAAUCUUAAAGCAAGAACCAAAGGUAAACUUGCAGAUGGCAAACCCAUUGGAGGACGGGGCCGACUGACUGAGAGCCGCAUUAAACGCCUUCAGAAGUACUAUGGUCUAGCCAUUAGACAAAACACCCUAACUAAAGCAAACCUAACAGAAAGAGAGGUUGAUGUUGUUGUUUACACCAUGAAGAAAAAUAUCAUUGCCAUCCUCCAUCACAGUGUCCAGUCACAAGAUGCUGCUAAACAACAUCGCUUCUGCCCUGUUGGUGAGGAUUCCUGGUGUAAAUGGCAACAAGAUUGUGCUACUGGAACAAAUACUUAUGAAGCAGGUGACUGUUUGCCUGAAGUGUUCUUUGAACUGCUGAAGCCAACAUUCAUCACACUUAGUGAAACUAAGCUGCUUCAAAGGUGUGUGCGUGGCGCCACCCAAAAUCGCAAUGAAUGCAUCAACGGACUGGUGUGGGCACGCUGCCCAAAACACAAGCAUCAUGGUGCCAAGGUGAUUAGAUGUGCAGUUGCUUCUACUGUGUGCCAUUUUCAUAGUGGAGCUGCCAGCAGAGCAAGAAUAAUGCAGAGACUGGUAAUUCCAGCAGGGGAGUACACUCAGAAGGCCUCAGAAGAAAAGGACAAGAGGCGGUUGAGAAAAUCGGACCUUCAGACCUCUGCUAAAGAAAAGAAGCGCCGGCAAGGAGAGCAAAUGAGGCGCACACGCAGAGAAGAUGCCCUACGGGAGGCUGAUGGUGAUACCUAUGAACCUGGAGGCUUCUAAGUGACUGAAAGAAACAUUUGCUAUGAUAUUGGAUAGUUCAUAGCCAUGCAAAUUUGUGCAGACAAUCUUCGUUUUAGCUUUUUAACUUUAAUCGCACUUUUCUCAAAAUGUGCAUUUUGCGCAUUCUAGAAAACAUAUCUCAUAGAGGAUUUAACCAAUUGACUUGAAAUUUUCAAUGUUUAUUGCUUUCAAAGAGUGUCUGGGAAUGAGCAAAGGGUUUUUCUGUAGCUUUACUUUGUCAAAAGUUACAAAGAAAAUUGUGGUGGAAAUUCACCCCAAAAAUUUUGCUUUACUUUAACUGGAGGCUGGAACCAAAGUUUUUUAUAUUUUUUAAAACUCUAUGCUCAUCCCCAUGAUUAGCCUAUAUACUAUAUAGUUAUAAAAACAAAUCAGAGCUAGCUGCAUUCCAUAUCAAGAUUUCUUUUCUAGAGUACAUGUGGGUUGUGCACAGUAUGGGGUAACAAUAUUUUGCUGGUAUCAGGUUACAAAUAAACUGUGUGCAGAAAUAAUUGAAAAAACUGAAAUCUGUGAUUCAUUAGCUUUUCAGUGAUAUAUGGUUUUAUAUGGUUUAACUAAAAACUGUGGAUGUGACAAGUCAUUGAAAAAAGGGGUCUUUUUUAGGUUAAGUCCCACCUUAAGUUUUUUGUCCCUAAAAUUUCAAUUCAUACAAGAUUCCUUUCCCCUGAAUAUUUAACUGCUUACAUCUUCUUUUCACGUUAGAUUUGGGGGCAUUUAUUUCAUGUCUUCAGACCGGGAUAAUGAGAGUUGAGGUGAACUUGACCAAAUAUCCUCCUCUGAUAGCUGAAAAAAUGCACCUGAACGAUCCCAACUGCAAAGCAACAGAUCUCAACGAAACCUUUGCUGUGUUCGACAUACCGAUAGAUGGCUGCGGAACACAUGGAGACGGAUCGAACCCUGAGUAUUUACUGUUCUCGAAUGCGGUACAUUGGACCCCGGAGGCCUCAGAAGGAGUCCUUCAAACUCGAAUAAAGGGAUAUAUAGCUCACAUCAGCUGCCGAUAUCCUACACAUGGCAAAGCUAGUGGGCAUAUCAAGCUUAAAGAAAGUGGUAAAAUUUUAAUUUUAGUGUAUUAUUUGCUGAUCAAAGUCUUAAAACCAAAACAGCUUACAUCAACGGACAUCGCCGUGGUUUCGAAGGCAAGAGACGACAAGGGUUUCAGUUACCCCUACCCCCUUGGGCCAGAUGCCAGUCGAUCGUAA